AUGAGGAUAGCUACGCUGCAGAUUGCCUCUAAGCUGGGCGAUGUCGAGGGGAAUGUCAAGAGGGCUGAUGAGUUGCUGAGGGAUGCCGGGAUUAGGGUUCCCGGUGAUGAAGCGGGAGUUCCAGUUGGUGUUGAGCAGGCGAAGUUAGACAUCUUGGUUUUGCCGGAGCUGGCUCUGACGGGUUAUAACUUCCCUUCGCUGGAAGCUAUAAAGCCAUACCUUGAGCAGUCUGGCCAAGGACCCUCGGCGGCCUGGGCGCGCGAAACUGCCAAACGCUUAAAGUGUAAAGUCUGUGUUGGCUAUCCAGAGGUCGAGGUCGAAAAUAGUCACAGUGGGCGGCCUGAAGAGAAGUACUACAAUUCGCUUCUAGUCGUCGACGAACAAGGUAACGUCCUCGUCAACUACCGCAAAACGUUUCUUUACUACACCGACGAAACGUGGGCGAGUGAAGGUAGCGCCGAACUUGGAUUCCAUCAGCUCACGUUCCCAGAGGCGAAUUAUGCCUCAUCAAGAGCCAGAGCCGAGGGAGAGGCCGCCAUCCUCCCUCCAUCUGAAGGUAGCAAUGGCAAAGUGGGAAAUGAGAUCGCCACCUCUUUUGGUAUAUGCAUGGACAUCAACCCCUACCGUUUUGAAGCCCCAUAUACGGCUUAUGAAUUCGCACACCGCGUCCUUGAUUCGAAAUCCCAGCUAGUCAUCCUCUCCAUGGCGUGGCUAACCCUAUUAAGUCGUGAAGAACUUGACGCUCUCGCUGGGCGACCGGAGCUGGAUACAUUCAAUUACUGGGUUCAGAGAUUCAUGCCCCUGGUCCGGAAACAGAUGGCUCAUGCAACCAAUGCCGAUGGUGGUACGGACGAUGAGACCGCAGAAAAGAAUAUCAUCAUUGUAUUCGCGAAUCGGGCAGGCGAGGAAGCCGGCAUUCCUUCCGUGGCUCGGUACGCUGGAACCAGCACCAUCGUUGCUAUUUCCCAGCGGGCCCCAUCCGGGGCCAGUGAUCCGUCGUCUGAUGAAGAGGAGCGGCAGACCCCAUUUGACGUGAAGAUUCUAUGCUGGGACAUGCUUGGUGCAACGGAAGAGGGGGUUUGUUUUGCAGACACUAAAGGCGAUCCAAGGAUGGUUUUCCAGUUGGUUAAGGCGGCUAAAUAG